CUUCUUGUCCCUGUGGGCUGUGCUCAUAGAUACUUACAGAACCUGCUCUAAUGGAGCCACGUAUUCUACACUAUUAAUCAUAUUUAAACCUUUUUUUUUUUCUUUCAUCCUUCACCUUCCCUUAUCAUCAUGGAAAAAGCCUCCUCUGGAGAGAUGGAUUUGGAUGAGUGGGAGUACAUCUCUGAUGAUCGUGAUGAUCAUGGAUUCCUUGAUAUCCAACUCUCAAGGAAGAUGGGUUUUGAUCAGAAAUGUGUGAUCGACAUGAAUUACUUCAUCUGCCCAUCUCUCACUCCUUCAAGAUACAUCUUUCAUGCUCCCCCAAAUUCGACUGUUCCAAUUCCAAGAAUGGAUUCGAAUAAACUUGUUCCAAUCCCAAUUCGAUUGGAACCAGUUUCAGGGAAGAACCCAGAUCAUGAAUUUGUGAAAGACAUCACUGAGGUUCCGAUUGCUAAGAUGGCAGAUCAGAUCAUAGCUUCGAGUCCGGAAGCAACAGGAGAUCAAGACAUGAUCUCGCAAGUCUUCUUCAAGAAAAUGAAGGAGAAUGAAUUCGUCGACAUGAAAAUGGACUCUCCCAACUCCGGGAAUACAGCUAUUAAGCCUCAAGCAGAGCUGGGCUCCUUCCAGUUUGAGGAGAAAGAUGAAGGCUUUAAGGCUGAGGCCAAGGAACAUAACAAGCCUUCUUCAAGAGUAGCAACUGAGCAAGGAAUGGAGAAGGAGGACAACCCAGAUUCCAAGAUCAAUGGAGAAAGCAACUGGGAAGGAGGGUUUUGCAUCUGGAAGUGGAGACUAUCUGGGCUUGGUACUCUCUGCUCUGUAGGUUUUGCUGCUGCCACUAUUUGCAUCUUCAUCUUAGGAAGCCACCAGAGACACAAGCAUCACCUGAACCAGAACCAGAACCUUCAUUUCCAAAUCUAUGCCGAUGACAAGAGGAUUAAAGAAAUGGUUAACCAUAGCACCAGAUUGAAUCAUGCCCUUUCAGCAGUGAGAAGUGUCCCAUUAUCCAGAGCUACCAUAUCCUUUGGGGGUUACUAUGGUGGUCUUUAGAAC